AUGCACCAGCGAAGCAUUUCUUCCAUUUCGUCGUUUAGCGACAUGAGCACUUCCGCUCCCACCCCUCCUCGGGCUCGCAAGAUGUCCACGGGAGGAAACAGGUCUUGGACUGAAGAAGAGGAGGCGUACCUUCUCCAGACUCGCCAACAGAAGAUGCCCUACAAGCACAUUGCCCAGCAACUCAACAAAACCGAACUCGCUUGCCGUCUGCACUACCACCAGCUGAGCCACGGCUCGCAUCGCCGUAGGCGUAAUGCCUCCGUCUCUUCCAUUGCUUCCUCUGUUGUUUCCGGCAUCUCGACAAACACGUCACCUUGCUCGCAAUUCUCGCUCCCCAAUGACUUGACCGAGGAGACUUCUUCCACUCAACCCAUCACUCCCCCGAACGCCAGCCCCAAGACGCAGGCCUCGUUGCCCCAGACCUCUCCCUCUGGCAACUCGAUGCACCAACGGUAUCAUUCGCAGCAAAAGGCUAUCCUUCCACGCCUGCAACCGCGUCUUAUGACGCCUCAGACUUCGCCGGAGCCGAGGGCCGGCCUGCGCAUCGACACGAACAUGACUGGCAUGGAGAACGGCAACGAAAACAACACGUCCGCCGCAAUUACCACCGCGACGGCCACCACGGCCUCCUCCGGCAUUGCUCUGCCCUUCCACCACCACAAAUACCCCAACACCGCCGCGGCUCCGCCCCUCAACGCCAUGAGUGCCUUCACGGCCAUCAACUCGACCAAGCCCGAGAUGAAGCAGCAGCAGCCCGACGAGUCCGUCGACACCGCCCGCCUUCGCCAGAUCUACGAGUCGCACCGCGCCGCCUUCUGGGCCGCCGUCGCCACCGAUUACGGUCCGAACGUGUCGGCUGCCCAGCUCGAGGACGUCUGGCGCCAGGGCGGUAGCCCCGCACACGGUCUCGCACACGCCGCCGCGCCUUGGAAGUUCGGCGCGGGCAUGCCCUUUGCGCGUCCCCCGACGCCGGAGCGCAGCCCUGAGCCGUGCGAGCCGCCGGUGCAGCUGCAGCAGGCGCCGUCAUGGAGGCCAGUAUUUGGGCAGAAGCCGCUGCCGGCGUUCUCUGGUGCGCCCUUCACGGCGGAGACGGAGCGCGAGCGCGAGCGCAGGCAGUCGCGGACGGCCAUCUCGAGCCUGUUGACCGAGGACCGGAAUCCCAGGUCGUAG